AUGUAUGUUUUAAAAGCUUUUGGAAAUGAAAUGUCACUAUCGAUCACAGAUAUUAAAAAGUUUUAUGGAUGUAGUAUUAUUAUGGGAUGUUUGAAUUUCCCUAAAAUGCGUAUGUACUGGGCUAAAGCUACGCGAAUUGAAUUAAUUGCCAAUUCAAUGUCAAGAGACAGAUUCAUUCAAUUAAGAAGUAAUAUUCAUUUCGCAGAUACCAGCGAACCCAGCUCAAUUAAUAAAUUUUGGAGAAUCCAGCCAGUUGUGAACUUAGUACGUGAAAGAUGUAAUCAAUUAGCUACAGAAAUUACAAGUUAUAGUAUUGAUAAGCAAAUGGUUCCUUUUUCUGGUAAAAGAUCAAAAACUCAAGAUCAAAAUCUCGGUGCUGACACAUGUCCAGAUACAGGACUUGGCCAUGGUCCAUCUAUAAUACUACGGCUAACUAAAUUUAUGCCAAAAGGCAGUCACAUAUAUUUUCAUAGAUUUUUUACGACAGUACCUCUAAUAGCAAAAUUGUAUUCAAUGGGCUUUAAAAGGACUGGGACAAUCAUGAGUAAUAGUCUGGGUAAAAACUUUAAUUUUCCUAUUGACAAAAAUAUGAAGCAAGGUGAAAUAAGUCAGUUCGUGAAAAAUGAUCAAGUUGCUGCAGUAAAAUGGUGUGACACUAAAUGUGUCAUAGCUACUUCGAACAAAUGCGGUAAAAACCCCAUUGGAGAGGUAAAGCGUUGGCAUAAUACAGUAAAACGUCGAUUACCUAUACCGAUACCUUAUAAUGCAAAUAUGGGUGAUGUUGAUAUUUGCGAUCAAAUGAUACAGUAUUACCGGAUUAAUAUGAAAACGAAAAAGUGGUCAGUAAAAGCAUACUUCCAUUUUUUUGAUUUGGCAAUAUUAAAUUCGUGGAUGGAGUACAGGAAUGAUGCUACACUACUCAACAUGAAAAGAAAAGAUGUCAAACAGUUUUUGGGUUUUAAGUUCGAAAUCGGUGAAGUUUUGUGCAAAUUCAAAGAUGAACCACUAGAGAUAGUGAACGAAUUUGCUUUGCCCUAA